AUACUGCAAUGUGGCCACCCGCAAACCGAGGAGUUGCCUCUAUUAUUCCCGUAGCUAACACUUAUCGUAUUUACUUUGGCGAAACAUAAUAUAAUGCUAAGGAGUGACGCCGUUUAGUGUAGCACAAUCACCGUGUUUUAGUUACUUCCGUGUGUAUCUAAAGUCGGAUCUCCGUCCUACUCUCAUUAACUUGAUUGGCUGUCGCUCAUGUCGACAAAGCCCUUCUUAUUUGUGAUUGGGCUGAGAAUGUCACGUGUCUUGAGUACCGCGUAGUCACUAAUAUUAGGCUUGCAUAGCGAGGACAUAAACGAUCCAGGAGUAAGUUACUUUGGUUUUAAUGAGACCUGCUCCUUCAGGUAUCUCUUCAAAGAUAUUUCCUGACUAGAAACAAUUUAUGAAGUAGAAGAGGACCUGAGCUUUUAAUGAAAUAUUUUGGGAAACUCCACAUGGAUUCUUCAUGCUGAUCUUUGCUUUUCCCAAGCUGAGUAGAGCAGUGGUACGUGCGAGGACACUGGCGGCUCAUCUCAGCUACGCAGCCAUGUCCACAUAUUACGAGUGCUCCAAUUCGUCUUCUGCUGCCAGUAGGGAUGCUCCCACUGCAGCCAUUCUCAUCAUUGGAGAUGAGAUACUCAAGGGCCACACAGUGGACACCAACAGUGCCUUUCUGACGCGAGCGCUAAGGAGGCUUGGAGUGUCUGUGCAACGCAUAACAGUCAUUCCAGAUAUACAGGAGGUUAUAGCCAAAGAGGUGGCCCUCCUUUCACCAAAGUAUACACAUCUCAUCACCUCAGGGGGCAUAGGCCCUACUCAUGAUGAUGUCACAUUUGAAAGCAUUGCCAUGGCAUUCCAAGAGGAGUUGUAUCCCCAUCCUGAGCUUAUCCGGCUGGUUGAAAAGUUCUUUGGGCAGGUGGACAAAAACUCUGCCGCUAUGAAGCAGGCCAUGGUGCCUCGCUCAGCCAAACUCAACUAUGGAACUGACCCUCAGACAGGACAGCCGCAUCCCUAUCCACUGGUCAGUGUACAUAACGUGUAUGUCUUUCCUGGGAUCCCGUCUAAUAUGGAGAGGGCCUUCAAUGGACUGGAGCAUCUCUUUGCUAGUUCAGGGACCACUUUUCACACUCAUGAGGUGUUUGUGGAUGCAGAUGAAACAGAGAUCGCACCUGUGCUGACCAAACUGCAGGCUGGUUGGGGUCGGAAGGUGGCUCUAGGCUCCUACCCUGACUGGCUGAGUAACUAUAACAAAGUCAGGCUGGUCCUGGAUUCAGACAGUCAAGUGGAUGUGGACAAAGCCCAGGCACAGCUGCUGGAUGAGCUGCCCAAGGGCAGCGUGGUGCCCUUGGUCACUGACCCGGUGUCCAUCGCCACUGCUGAGGUGUACGCCCUGGCCGACAGUGGCACAGCGUUGGGUGACAAAGUAAAGUCUGCUCUGAAAACAAUAGAGACGGCACUGGAUCAGUAUCCGACAGAGGAAAUCUGCAUUGGCUUUAAUGGGGGAAAAGACUGCACUGCUCUGCUUCAUCUCUACUAUGCUGCGCUGAAGCGCCGGUAUCCAGAUGGUAAAGACAAGGUAAAAGCCCUGUAUAUCCGUAUUGUCUCUCCAUUCCUGGAAAUUGAGAGAUUUAUCCAGGACACAAAAAAAAGAUAUGGCCUGGAGCUGUUCUCUGUGGAGGGCAGUAUUCGACAGGCACUGAAUGAGGUGCAGGAGAGGAGGCCAGAGCUGAGAGCGGUCCUGAUGGGGACCAGGAGCAGUGACCCCUACUCACGCACACUCACACCCAUGUGUGCCACUGACACCGGGUGGCCAGACUACAUGAGAGUCAACCCUUUACUAGACUGGACAUAUCAUGACAUCUGGUCAUUCUUGAGGACGCUGUAUGUGCCCUACUGUAUUCUUUAUGAUAAAGGGUACACUUCCCUGGGCAGUAUGGACAACACUUGUCAAAACCCGGCCCUGCGGAUGGUGGAUGAGAGAGGGGUGACACGAUACAAGCCGGCCUACCUCCUGGAGAAUGAAGAAGAGGAGCGAAACUCUCGUGCCUGAUGUAGCCUCACUUCUUUCUGUGUCACCUUCUGCUGAUGCAGAUCUCAGAUCUGCACCUGCACACAUGUAGAAAACUUAACAUGUACUGUUUUUGUUCACCUUGUGAGUAGUUCCAAAAGACUCAACAUGUCUAUUUGUAGAAUGAGACGGUGAAGGGUGUCCGUAUGUGUGCUACUGGUGGUCACGGUACUUUUGAGUCUAAAGUAGUGGCUCGCUGCUAUUGAAUAAAACAUCGGUCUGUGUCAUCUUUUUCUCUUGUCAUGUUCCUAUUUUAAGAGGAGUCUGGCAUACAAAUUGUGACUCCGUUCUGCUGGGCUUUCAGUUCUUGAUUUAUCUUAACCGUGGAUCUAUUAGUCAUUUUUCUAAACCCAGUCAGAACAUUCUGCCCAGAAAUAGAGCCUCUAUCAAAAUGUAUUAGUAAACUAUGGAGGGGUUUUCUGUUAAGGUGAGAAAAUCAGGUUUUAGGAACCCAGUGUGGAGCAGCAUGGGCAGACCGGUGAAGGUCAACCACCAGGCUCAUACUGACUCAUCUGUUUCGUACUGAAUAUCCAUAAUUGCGGACUCCAACGCGUUAACCCAGCGUCUCCUUGGCCCGUUUUCACCAGGACACCUCCACAUGCUGUAGUUCAGUUUGUGCACCUCACGGGCGCGUUGUUCUCACGUUUUCCAUUUAGCACCAGUGAUUACAAUAAAUUACCUUCUCUGUUUCCAGACAUCAUUGAAUCAAGGCUCAUCGAUCCGCUCUCUCUCGCUCGCUCCACGCCUUGAGAUUAGUGCGCGCCCGCGCAGCGAGGGUCGAUACCGGCCGAUUUAAUAAAGCGCGUCGCUUACGAGGCCACCGCGGGGCUGCACACGCUGAUACACCAGCAAUUACCACCUCCAGCCCGGCCUCCCCCUAAAACCUAUAACUUCACGGCUUACUUGAUUUAUUAAUAAUAAAAAAGAGGCAAUGAACAAAGGCUUCAUGAUCACGACAGCUAUGUAAUGGUGUGUUUUUGGGAUGAAUGCACCGGGGCAUUGUCUUGGAUUGUGUGGGAAAAACCAAUACUGCAGGCUAACAGCAUGUCUGAGUUAUGCUCCCUCAUGUACAUAAACUAUGGCAGUUUUUAGUGGACGUUUUAAAUAGUUUUAAAUGAAUAAACUCAGGCAAUUUUGUUCAGUUUCUUUUAGUUUUUUUAAGGAGGUUUAACUUUAUUUUCAAGUGUCUGUAGUGUUGAAAUGUUAAUAUACCCACCUGCAGCAUGUUUUGCUGGUCUUUUUCCCUGUCACUGCAGUAAAUCAGGUUGUACCUUUACUCCAGUCCUGCACAUCCUUGUACUUUCCUUGGUUAUUUUAUAUUAUACAUCUAUCCCACUACCUACA